AUGGUGCCCUCGCCGGCUCUUGUCGGAACGCCAUCAGUGUUUCCACAUCAUCAGUCUACGUCGUUUUUUCAAGAAACUGCUAGCUUCUUCAAUCUAGACUGGGAGCGAUUAUGGCAUUCGCGUUCAAACUCGAAUUCAACGUCGUCGCCACGCAACUCGCCGUCCCAAUUGUCACCGCCGAUGGCAGCCACUGCAGCGCUACGUCGGAGUUCGGAUUACGGAUCCGCAGACACCGAGUGUGGUGAGCCGUGCGAGACAGGAGCCCCAGUAUCGCUAAAUGAAGUCGAUUUGCUUGCCAAGAUGGAGCAGCUGAACAAAUCAAAUGAGGAAGACUCUCGAAGUGUUGCCUCCAAGAAGACUGGUUCCAGUGAAAGUCGCAAAGGUGCUCGUGAACAUUCUCCCGAAGAAGAUGAGUAUUUUCAGGAAGACUUGUGGUCCGUGUGGGGAGAGCUUAUUCUCAACUGGGAAAUUGAAGUCAAGAAGCGUCCCAACUACAUUAAGGAUCUUGUGAAACGAGGCAUCCCACAGCACUUUCGAAUGAUUGCAUGGCAGAAUUUAUCGAAUGCGUCGGUGUCUAGUGUCCACGAUUUGUACAGUGACUAUAUGCGGCAGUCUUCGGUUUAUGAGAAGGUUAUUCAACGCGACAUUCCCCGUACCUACCCAGAGCUCGACUUUUUCAAAGAUGGCGAACGAGGCCAAUCACUUCUGUUCAACGUUAUCAAAGCCUAUUCAGUUCACGACAAGGAAGUUGGGUACUGUCAGGGUAGUGCCUUCAUUGUUGGUCUCUUGCUCCUCCAGAUGCCCGAAGAAGAGGCGUUUGCUGUGCUCGUCAGCCUCAUGGAAAACUAUCGGCUCCGCGAGCUCUACAAGCCAACAAUGACAGACUUAGGAUUGUGCAUGUUCCAGUUGGAGUGUCUCGUGCAGGAUCAAAUGCCAGAUUUGUAUACUCAUUUUAAUAAUAUGGGAUUCGACACGUCAAUGUAUGCGUCUUCGUGGUUUUUGACACUUUUCACAACUACAAUGCCUUUGGACAUUGCCAAUAGAAUUAUGGAUUGCUUUUUGGUAGAAGGAAUGGAUUUUAUAUUUUGCAUUUCCAUCGCGAUUCUUCAACAAGCUCGCAUCGAGCUUCUCCGUCUCGAUAUGGAAGGAAUGCUCAAAUACUUCCAGCGUGAAGUUCGCGAGCGAUAUGAAUUUGACGCUGAUCUUCUUUUCACGGUUGCCAAUCAAGUUCAACUGAAUGCUAAAAGGAUGAAGCGUCUGGAAAAGGAUUACUUGACGAAGCGUACCAAGGAGCAGGAGGAGGCCGUCGAGCUGCGGCGACUUCGUACCGAAAAUCGCCUUCUGCGUCAACGAAUCGAUUAUCUGGAAGCGGAAUCUUCGGCGCUGGCGGAUCGUCUAGUCAAGGGACAGGUAAAUCUUGCUCAAGAAGCUGAGAACUACAUCAAUAUUGCACAUGAGUUGAACAAGUUGCGCGACAUGAACUCUGAUGUUCACCGCAAGUUGGAGGGCGCCUAUGAGACUAUCAGAGAGUUGUCGAGUGCUCGGCGCGACAACAUUAUGGAUACUGGAACACAAGUGGACGACACGUCGAUGAUUGAGCACAUUCACUCGCUUCAGCAGGAGCUCAUCGAGGCUCACACGAGGCAGGCGGACAGUGAGAAUACGCUCAGGGACGCCAAGUUGAGGGUCUCGGAACUGGAAAUGGCCAACAAGCGCCUUUUGGAGAACGAGCCAUCGGAAGACGUUGCAGGACUUCAAGAGGAGCUUAUUUCAGUGAAGAUGCGUGAAGCUGAGAGCUCACUCGCUCUGAAGGAGAUGCGUCAGAGGCUUGCCGAACUUGAGCAGCACUGGGCGAAAUAUGUUCAUGUACGGGCGUUUGAUCCAUCGUCUGCAUCUAUUGAAAAGGAAUCCACGUCAGAGGCUCACAGUACCCAACAGCAGCCAUCUCCGCCACUCACAUCCGCUCGUGCUCGUCUUGCCAAGAUCACUGCCUCGCUUAUUGGAGGAUCCACAGAAGAAACUGAUAAUUGUAUUAGUGUUCGAGAACUUGAAGAUCAACUCAUGGGAGUACGGAUCAAGGAAGCUGACACAUUGGCCGAGCUCAAAGAGAUGCGACAAAAGGUUAUGGAGCUUGAGACUCAAAACCAUGUGUGCACGAAUCAGCUCAAGCGUCAGGACGAGGAGAUGAAGCGUGUGCGCGAAGAUUCAGAAGUGUUGGUGAAGAAGAGGAAAGAGUUGGAGGAUCAGUUGAAAGAUGAGAAGGAGAAGUUGGACAACAAGGAGAGCGAGUUCAACGAGGGUCGAAUCAACGAUCGACUCAAGUACUCUGAAGCCAUGCAGACGAUUCAGGACCUUCAGAGCAGUAUUUCACAGUUGGAGCUCAAGAAAGCGGAAAAAUGGACACAAAAUCAGUUGAGAGGCAGCAGUGUCUGUGAUCUUGAUGAGGAAUCGAAUUCGCAUGGCUCAAUUUGCUCGAACGUAGACCAUCUUUCGCUGGCAUCUGACGAGAUGAAUGCACUACUCGCCGACAUGACUGUCCGUAUCCCAACUCUUGACGAUUUGGCUGAAGAAGGAUCUGCAACUGAGACUGAUGAGUUGCGGCCUAAGGAGCUCAACGAUGGAAAUGACACGACAGAUUCGGGUGUACAACUGUCGGAUAGCCACUAG